CUCUCGCGCCUCCUAGUGGCUUAGAAAUUAUACGGAAUUCCCAACCCCGACAGCAGCUACUGCGCAUGCGUGGAAGAAAACUCCAUGAUUUUUUUUGGCACGGGAUCCUAAGGAAAAAUAGGAACUUGGAGACGAAGAUAAACUAAAAGCACCACCACACAGCCACAAUCCACCCCUCGCUCGCAUAUGCACACAGUAAAGACGCAUAGGAGAGUUCUGAACCUUUGAAUGAAGCGAUCGCACGCUCCGCGGCCGAGCAGGAUUCACGCGAAAUUGGACGACAAUGCACGGGGCGCAAUAAAACCAAGCGUUAUUGCUCUUUGUUUUUAAGCAGGACGGCUCGGAUGGAUGAAGACGCGGGGAAGUGCCUAAAAAUCACACGGCGUUAAUAACAGCUCAAGAAACGGCGACAUUUGCAACUCGAGUCCAUCGAGACGCUUGUUCUGUCUUUCGCCUGUGUUGUGCAGCGCGCCGAAGAAGCAGGAAACUUCGUAAACAGAGAGGUUGUCCGCUUGUGGAAGGUUCCUUAAGAGCAUCCCAGUCCAUUUAAGAGGACGUCAGAGGAUUGUGUCCAGACGGAUUUGUUGUUCUGUGCUUCGUUAAUGCUGCGUAUAUGUCCUCCAAAGGGUGUAUUUCACGAAUGGUGCUGACCAAGGCUGUAUAAAAAUGAAAAGGAGCUGGAUGUGUGUGAGCAGAAAAUGACGGGGGGCAGUGAGAGUGCAGCAGGGGAAAAAGAUGGAGGUACGGCGCUCAUCGCUCAGAUCCCGGUUGGCUGGCAGAGGAAAGUGGGAGAUGGGCUUGUGUCUUACAUCAGCCCGAGUGGUACAGUCCUUCGAUCUGUGGAUGAGGUGAGGGUGUAUCUGCGGACAGACGGCACAUGUAAGUGUGGUCUCGAGUGCCCGCUUGUCCCAAAUAAGGUCUUUAAUUUCGACCCUGCUGCGAUGGUCCAAGUUCCUGGUCAUCAAUCGAGUAAAGUAGAGGAAGACAUGACCAAACUCUGUAACCAUCGCAGGAAAGUUGAUGCCAUGGCAGCAUUAUGCCAAAGCAGGCAACCCUCCCAACCCCUCCCGCCGGCUCAAGCCACAGGAGGUGUUGUGUGUUCAGCGGACGGCAGAGAGCUGAGAGGAUCGAUUGUGGCUCAUGGAGACGGCGCCCAUUGCACUUACCCUCCUCCAAGACACAACCAGCCCAUAUCCAACAUUGGCUUUCCUCUGUCCACUCCUCGCUCUGUUCUGCAGCAAAACGGUUCCCCUAUCUCACGGACCCCAGAACAGGGUUCCCCUUUAAAGAAGCCCCAAACGCCAUUGGCAUAUACGAAACAGCCGUGGAGUCCAUCGAUCUCCCAAAACAUCCCUCAGAGGACAGUGCAUAACCCCGCUUCUCCAAGCCACUUAAAGCCAAGUGUGCAUCCUCCAGACCCUUCAAACUCCUUUUCCUUAUCGCCCUCUUCAUCCGUAGCUCUCACUGGGCGACAUUCACAAGGAGUGAGCGCUCUGUCACCCUCACGUACCCUAGACACCUUCUCACCCCACCAACGCUCCCGCCACUCCUCGACGUCUUCGCUCUCAGAUCACGGGACCCUCAAACCGUUGAAAGCCACCAUGCCGUGCUCCUCUCCCAAGCUCCCUCUCGCGCCUUCCAGUCCGUGUAGUCGCUUGGAGGGAAUUCUUCAGCACUACAAAGACUGUAGCACGCCCAAUGCUAACCAAAGCAACCAUCUGUCGUUGGUGCAUCCCAACGUUGGCGACAAGAGGAACGGGAUGAGUUCUGCUCAAGGACAAGAAUUGCUUGGCGUUCCUUUAGGACAGAUUCUCAACCAACAGAAGAACUCUUUCCCGGCUAGCAGCCUUCUUUCCGCCGCCGCUAAAGCUCAGGUGGCCAACCAGAAAACGCCCGACGCGCUCGCCACACUCCCUCUUGCUAGCCUGGACAAGGAGCAACACUCAAAGGUAUUGAUUAGCACUUUAAACAGUAGCGUCCACCCAACACCCGCCAGAACGCAAUCCCUCACCGCUUUGUUGCUCCCGGCUUCGCCCGCUGAGAAAAACCUGCGGCGCAAACGGCAAAGGCAUUCGCCCUCACAUUUGGGUCGGAGUCCGCCGAUGCUCAUCUCCCCAACGUCUCCUCCCGUACCUCUCUCAGACAACCACCGGGUGUCCGCCGCUCCUCCGAACGCCUCCUUCUCGAACAGUUCUCUUAGGUCGCAGGAUUCGGAGGAAGGAAGGAAACCCGGACUUGGUAAUUCAAUCCCACUUUCCUCUCCGUCUCCAUCCCAGCCGCUUUCCGCUCUACUUCAGCUUCUUAGCAUGCAAAGCGCAACCCAGCAAACCAUUCCUGGACACCGGCACACUUCACCCAGACCCAUCACGCCACAGACGCCCCAUUGCGAAGGACGAGUACCCAACCCGCAACCUCAACCCCAAAGCACAGUGCCCAUUCCCGAAACUCCAUCCCAGCUGCCCCAGUCCCAACCCUUUACCUUAAUGGGUGACGAAACAACCUUGAACCUCAAAACCGCCUCCAGCAACUCCUUCCUGAACUUGAGCCAGCCCCACGCGGGCACCACGCCGGACCUCAACAGUUCGAUUCUCAGCAUGAUGAACCAGAUGUCCUCGACCUCCUGCUUCCCGGAGAAGAGUCAUGAGUCCAAAACGACGGAGGCUUGCCCUGACCACAAUACCUACCAGUCUAAUCACAACCAGGCUGUGGAAAGUAAAGGUCCCGUAGAGACGAUGGAUCACUCGGACACAAGAUUGCUGGGUGGUUGCGAUCCCGACCACAGCCUCUCCCUAUCCGGCUCCUCGUCUUCCGAGCUUUCCAACCUACCGCUAGCGGAGGCUUUUCCCUUCAUGACCCAAGAACAGCUCCUCCAGCUUCUGUCCUCCAACGCCGGUCUACCUUCCCUUCUUCCACCCUUCCUCGGAUCCCUACCUUUAGGACUCUGGACGGGCACCCAAUCCCAGCAUCCCCAGCCAACCAGUGGCAUCCUAAACCAGGGCGCUCAUCUCAACGUCAUAAACCAGGGCGAUCUUCCUCUCAACCUCGUGAGCCUUUUAAACCCCCCGGGUUCGGCUCCGGCUCCUCCUCCGGUUGCAGGGAUUGAAGGUGGUGAGAAACCCCCAGGGCUUCAAGCCCUCCUCAUGGCUUCUUUGCUUCUCGGGCAGAAUCCAGCCGCCAUGUUGCCCUUGCCCGCGCUCAACCUCGAGCUUCCCACGCCUCAACAGCAGGUCUUUCCGGAUGGAGUGUCUCUGGAGAAAACACCGACUCUUCUGGACUCAGUUUUGAUGGGGCCGGGGCUCCUGGAGGCUCUUCAGACUCUUCAAGCAGACGGCCAGUCGCUUCUUCUUUCCGCACCUCUCACUCCUCCCGCCUUCUUGUCCCUCAAUCCCGCUCUUCUGGCCGCGGCUCUCGCCCAGACCGAACCCCUUACCAACCACACGCCUUCCCCCCCGCCUCAUUCUCAGGAGAGUCUGUCCAGCUCUGCUCUAGUUUCUACCUCGGUGUCCUGCGGCCCAGAAGUGUGUGACCCGCUGGACGAGCAGGACAAGAACAACACCCAGACACCUCAUUUUUUGCCGCAUCUACUCGCCCCUGGGGUUCUGGGCGACCUCACAGCUCUGGGAAACAUCAACAGUCUUCAUAGUUUACUGGGAGCAGGACCUCUGUUGCUGCCGCAGGGCCCGCCUCUGAACCAAACGCCCCUCAACCCGCUCACCUGCCUACAGCUGACGAUCAUGGGAGAGAAGCCAGCGAGUCUCCACCACACGUCGCCUCCGUCACAAGACGAGCUUCCAGCGGCUCAGAUAUCCCAGAAUGCCUUGCUCCACACCGCCGGUCAGCAGAGAGAGGGUUCUGGUUCUGGGCUGUUCGACCCGUACGGUUCCUUCAUGGACACCAUCUACACCUCGUUCCUGCAGGUCAGCGAGCGCGACUCGGACUCCACGCCGCUGUCGUACCCGGAGCUGCCGCCGGCCCUCAGUCCCCGCCGGGCCUGUUCGGUCCACAACCCGGACCUGACCCGCCUCGGCAUGGACUCGGCCCAGUCUCCGGCCCGCGGCACACCGAAGCUCAGCGAGGAGCCCUCCACGGCGCCGCCCUGCAGGCCGCUGGGGGCCGACGCUCUGUCCGACAUCAUGGAGGAGGCCAAGACCGACGGGUCCACGGUGUGUUACAGCAACGGGAUCGGGUCGGGAACGGGCGGAAGAGCAGACCGGGACGAGGAGGAGGACGAGGCAGACGAGGAUAAGGAGGAGGGACGAAGAACGCAGGGCUGUUUGAGUCCGCCCGUCGAUGACAUCAGCAGCAGAGAGGCGGAGCAAGUGAGGACUGAAGACUUGCAUGCAGGAGCCAGAAGGGGGCGCAAGAGGAAGCAGACACUGCAGAGAAGUCCAGACCUGCCGGGCGGCAUCGACAGCAUCAUCGAGGAGCCCGCCGCCACGAUCCCGUCGUCGAGGCCGGCCCGCUCCACCCGAGGGAAGAGACGCCGCGUGGUCCGAUAGAUCUGACUGUACGGUACCACCAACACCAGCACUGUUGCCACGGCAACGCCGUCACUGUUGCCACGGCUACACCAUCACAGCGUUUGACUGAGCCACACUGUGAAGAAGAGUCUCCCAUGAUCUCGCUCCUCCGUCGUGUGUGUGUGUGUGUUCGUCCAAUGACUUCUGUUACCAUUCUCGACCAUUGUUACAUGAACGCGUUCUUUUACCAUCAGAGGGGUUUUACUAACGAGAACUAUUGUUAAAUUGUCGCACGAAUCCAUCAGUUUAGGAAUAGCUGUUUGUUUACCAGUUCUUUAUAAUUAUUAUCUUUCUACAUUUGCUUCUCUUGGAUGAUUGUGAUUGACAGCUCUGCCUGGACAUUCACUCCCAUCAGUCUUUAGAUGCACACGAGUUCAUGUUGUCGUCAUCAACAAAUGACUGCUCGUGUUCCAGAGCCGGAAAACCCCGUCUCUGGGAAUCUUUCCAAUCGACGGAUCAUUUUACCCAUCAUGCACCUCAUGAACCACUUUUUAGCAUCAAAUGCAAUUUUGUCACACCGCAAAAAAAAAAAAAAAAAAAAAUCUUAUUUGGGAAUUUUAUCUGGUUUUUCAA